AUGAAAGCUCUUACGAAGAUUAUACUUGAGAGUAACAAGCAAGAAGAAGUUUCUGAAGCUAAAGCACUUGCAAAAUCCCUUGAUAACUUUCAGUUUGUAAUGCUGACAGUAGUGUUGUCCAAGAUUUUUACACAGCUAAACAUCACGUCUAAGUUUCUUCAAGGCAAGGAAACAGACUUAGAAAAAGCUGCCAGAGUACUUGAAAGAAGUCAAACUGAGCUCAAGAAAAUGAGGGAAGAUUACGAGGCCUACAAAGAUGAAGCCACACUUAUAGCACGUAAAUGGAACGUACAACCAAUGUUUUCUCAAAGCAGGCAGCGCAAAGUAAAACGACACUUUGAUGAACUAGCAGAAGAUUUCAGGUUUUCAAGUGGUGAAGAGGCCUUCAGAGUGCAAGUGUUUUACGCUGUUUUGGACAUAGUCAAUCGUCAAAUUGAGGACCGCUUUUCUUCUGUUCGAGAUGUUGUCCAGCUGUUUUCUGUUUUAUUUCCAACAGUUCUGGUCAAGCUAACUGAAAAAGAAAUCUUUGAAAAAGCUGGAGAAUUGCAAAGAGUGUACGAAAAAGACAUAGGGCCACCGCUACCUCUUGAACUUAUAUCCCUUCAAAGUGGAUUUAAAUGUGAGCUAUCAAAACUGAAAACGGUUUAUGACUUAGCUUCACUUUUAAUGAUUGAGUUUGACACAUUAGCUACAAGUUUUCCAGAAGUACAGACUGCUCUAAUGUUAUUUUUGACUUUGCCGGUAACAGUGGCAUCUGCAGAAAGGUCGUUCUCAGUGCUAAAAAGAAUUAAAUGUUAUCUCCGAACAUCAAUGGGACAAGACAGACUUAGCGAUCUUGGAAUGUUGGCGAUAAACCAAAGAGAAGCCUCACAACUAGACAAGCGUACGUUAGUGCAAUGCUUUGCAGAAAUGAAAUUUAGAAGGAAAGUUUUUGCAGUGUAG